UCCCGUUCUCUCGCCAAAGUCGGUUUAGAUGUGGCCACAAUACUUAGACAACCUGUUGUCGCAGUGUCACAGGAAAUUCGGCUGAAUUUCCCUUCGGACGACGUACUACACUAUGACGCCUCACAAGGAGGCUACAUCUUAAUCCGUCUAUACAGACCUGAAGAGCCUAUAUCAAAGCCUAUAUCAGUGGGGAAAUCGUUUUCUGUGCUCAUUUCGCAGCUAGAUACGUUUAUCCAGAUUGUGGACGUAGCAUCGCAGGUCAGUGGCUUUAGGCGCACUCUGACAAGCUAAUAUUUUAAAAAUGCAGAUACAUCCAUUUGUGAAUUUGACAUGGCAGGUUGUAUCAUCACUUUACACGAUUGCCAGAGACCAACUGGACCGGGACAAAAGCAUCGGCGAGCUGACGGACAUGAUGGAGGACGUGUAUACCUUUGUUGAUGAUAUAAAAAGUUUUCCGAGUAGACUGGCAUCUCAAGAAGAGACUAUCAAGAAAAUCAUGUCCCAAACCAUAGAAUGUAUGCUGUUCAUUCAGGAAUACUCUGGCCACGGAUUUUGUGGACGUGCGCUCAAUCAACAAUGGGCGGGCGAGCAAAUUCAACGCUUUACGCAAACAUUCACGAUGCUGAAGGCAUCUCUCAACACCGGAGUUGGGGUCCAGAUCGCUCUCAUUGCUCACCGCAUGUACGAAGAUGUGCAGUCGAUAGUUCAAACACAAACUCUUGCCAAGCUUCAUCCAGUAGAUAUGGAUGACCCAUCCCGACCGACGUGCUUGCCCCAAACUCGCAGCGACUUGCUCUUCAGUGUGUUGUCUUGGGCAAUGGAUCCUUCCAGCAAUCAGAAUGUGCUUUGGCUCCAUGGCCCUGCUGGCUCUGGAAAGAGCACCGUUGCUACAACGAUUGCCAACAUUGCACGAGAUCUGGGUCGUCUCGGCGCAUUUGUAUUUUUCGACCGCCGCAUGGCCGCAAGGAAUGAUCCAGCAGCCGUUGUACGGACUCUUGCCUUCCAGCUUAGCGAAUUUGACCCUCGACUGGGAGCGUCUAUCUCGACUGUGAUAAAAGGCACUCCAAGCAUCAGACAAUCACCCCUACGACAGCAGUUUCAUAAAUUACUGGUGCAACCGCUGUCCGAAUCCGAAUUGGCGGUUUGGAGCCAAGAAGGUCCUGUGAUCGUUGUUAUCGAUGCAUUGGAUGAGUGCGGACACGUCGGGAACCGGGAAGACUUUCUCAGUAUCCUAGCGCUGGAGAGCGUAAAAUUACCGUCGACGUUACGCAUCGUUGUCACAAGCCGGACAGAGCUGGAUAUUCAGCAAGCAUUGGAAGCACAGAAGAAUAUAUGUAGCACUCCAAUCGACAUCAACUCUCCUGCAAAUAAUAAGGAUAUCCACUUGUACCUAUCCGAUCGUCUACAAAACAUCCGUUCUAAAAACAAAUAUCUGUCACUCCCACAGGAAUGGCCUGGGCAUGACGUAAUUGAUGCUCUGGCAGUUCGAGCGCACGGACUCUUUAUAUGGGCGUAUACAGCCUGUCGCUACGUGGAAAAUGGUCAAUAUCCAGAAGACAGGUUAGCGGACCUGCUUCGUACUGAUGUUUGCUCGAACGCCGAGUCAGCCCUGGAUCUUAUGUACACCACCGCCCUAGAAUCCGCUGGGAGAUGGGAAGAUCCAGCGUUUUCUGCCGACUUCCGCGACAUUCUCGGCGUUGUGAUAGCUGCCAAAAAUCCUUUGACGGCGUUGACCAUCGACCGUCUUAAUGAGGUUGCUUCAGUCUCAAGAACGCGACCAAGUCUUCACACUAUUCAGCAUCUUAGUUGUGUUUUCCGAGGAUCGACAAGCGAGCCGAUCCAUGUUAUUCAUCCUUCGUUCGAGGAUUUUCUAACAGAUCGAUCUCGCUGCAAAAGGGAUGAAUGGUUCAUUGAUGUAUAUCUAUCCCAUCAGAGACUUGCCCUCCAGUGCAUCAACUCCCUUCGCGCAAAUUUGAAACGAAAUAUGUGCGACUUGACCCUCACGAGAAGUGGGGUCGAUGUUAAGAUAGCGGAGGAUGUUACCUACUCCUGCAUCUUCUGGAUCGAGCAUGUCUGCGAGUUAGAGGGAACCGAGGCAUCGCUCUCUAUUGCGGUGUACGAUUUUCUCGUGAAGCAUCUGCUUCACUGGAUUGAGACAAUGAGUUUGUUGAAGAAGGCUAGACAUACAAUCAAGUUACUCAUGCGACUAGAAGAUUGGAGCCGAUCAAUUCAAGGUCGCCAUCAAGAACUUUGCGACCUUCUAGCAGAUGCAGUGCGCUUUUGCCAAGCCUUCACCGCCGUCAUUGAACAGCACCCACUUCUCGUAUACAGCAGUGCAUUGCCGUUUUCUCCAACCAACUCUGUCCUAUAUCAUCUAUUCAAGGAUGAAAUAUCAAUACCAGUCGUAGUUGGAGGCUUUCGUGAUGAAUGGUCGCCUUUGCUCAUGGACAUUCCCAGACCAAGUGGAGAAGUUACAUCACUCUCACUAUCGUCUGAUGGGUCCCAGUUGAUCUCAACGGUCGCCCGUAGGUGCCAUGUGUGGGACGUUAUAUCGGGAGAGCUGCUGAUCCAAGGGCCGAAGGGUGAUGUGGCGAUGACGGUCUUCGCGCCUGGUGGUCAGCUAGCUGCGUCAUGUUUAUUCAGUGGUUCAAUAGUCCUCUGGGACACCUUCUCUGGGCAAAUGAUAGGUCAGCCACUAGAAUGUGAUCAGGGAGCGAUAUAUGCUCUUGCAUUCUCCCCUGAUGGGGCCCGUUUGAUCUCGGGCGGACAAAAUUGCACUAUCAUCAUGUGGAAUGUUCAGACAGCAUCAAUUAUUCUGGACCCCCCAGCGACACACACGAAAACGAUCCUGUGUCUUGCAUUCUCGCCCGAUGGUAUGCGUUAUGCUUCGGGCUCACGUGAUGGUGCUAUUCGAAUCUGGGAUGCAGCAUCAGGGAGAAUGGUAUUAGGACCCCUUCACGGUCAUUCUGGGAGCGUAUACUCUGUAGCCUUUACUCCUGAUAGCACGCGGGUAGUAUCGGGUACAGAUGACAAACACGUCUGUGUAUGGGAUGUUCAGGCUGGGUCUGGGGUAUCCAUGCCAAUCAAGCUGCGCGGUCAUCGCAGCACCGUGUUCUCUGUUGCCGUCUCUCCUGACGGGCGACUCAUCGCAUCCGCAUCAAAAGAUACCACCGUACGCCUCUGGAGUCUGGAGACAGGAGAAGAGUUAAUCCACCUCGUUCGCCGGCACAAAAUGCCUGUGCGUUGCGUAGCAUUUGGGCAGCAGUACGGGCGUCUCCGCCUGGUAACAGGCGCGAAAGAUGCUACCAUCCGCAUCUGGGAUAUCGAGUCAGUUGGGAGCAUGGGUGUGACUCGGAAGCACAAGGGCCUCGUUUCGCACCUUGCGUUCUCGCACGAUGGCCAGCGCAUUGUUUCGGGGUCGCUCGAUCGUACUGUGCGGGUCUGGGAUACCAUAACAGGCCAAUGUUUGCUGGGUCCACUGAACCUCGAGCAUCCAGUACAUUCUGUUGCUCUACCCGCAGAUAAUGUCAGGAUCUUGGCGGCAGACCAUGAGGGUGCCGUCUUCGCAUGGGAUGCAACGACAGGAGUGCAUUUAAUUGCUACGCCGGCCGACGAUCCCAGCAAUCAUUCUAUCGUCGGGCCAUUGUCUCUGGAGCGAAAGUGGAUAGUAGAAUCAAAGACUGGUACGGUCCUUACGAUGCUUCCAACGAUGUCAGGUGUGAGAUCUCAGGCAUCGUUCGGCAAUUGCAUGGUUCUUGGGCUGGCAAACGGUGGAAUAGUAAUUGUACGUUUUCCUGAUACCCCACAGCUUGUCUAGCACAUACCCAGAUACCUAUGCUUGUACGUAUAUAACCAUGUGAUAGUAUCUAGAAGCUCGUGAU